AUGGCAGCCCAAGAGGAGGUUGGCAUCGGCGAUUUCGUCCUGCUGGACGAGGUCAGCCUAGAGAAGGUUGUGGAGAAUUUACGUGUCAGAUUUAAUGGAGGCAAACUUUAUACAUACAUUGGAGAGGUCUGUGUUAGCGUGAAUCCUUAUAGGACAACAAACAUUUAUGGGCCAGAUCAAAUUAACAAAUAUAAAGGAAGAGAACUAUUUGAAAAUCCACCGCAUAUUUUUGCAAUUGCUGAUGCGGCCCAUCGAGAGAUGAAGCAACAGGGUCGAGAUACCUGUAUUGUUAUCAGCGGAGAAUCAGGCUCCGGAAAGACAGAAGCUAGUAAAAUAAUUAUGAAGUAUAUUGCUGCUGUGACAAAUAUAGAUGGUCAGCAGGAAAUCGAAAGAGUGAAGAAUGUACUUAUCCAGUCGAAUUCUAUAUUGGAAUCUUUUGGCAAUGCUAAGACAAACCGUAACGACAAUUCCUCUCGUUUUGGCAAAUACAUGGAUAUCAAUUUUGAUUUCAAGGGUGAUCCGUUAGGAGGGCAUAUUACGAAUUAUCUUCUUGAGAAAUCACGCGUUGUUUAUCAGCAACCUGGAGAGCGUAAUUUCCAUUGCUUCUACCAAUUAUUAAAUGGCUGCAGUGAAUCUGAAUUGAACAGGUUACGACUUGUUAGAGAUCCUGCAGCAUACUACUUUAUGGGUCAGGGUGAUGGUAAUAGAGGAAGUAGUAGUGACAGAACUGAUUAUAAACAAGUAUCUAGUGCCAUGCCAAUUCUUGGUUUCUCCCAGAAUGAGAUUCAGACACUUUGGAGUGUCGUUGGUGCCAUUUUGCAUCUGGGUAAUAUUACUUUUACACUGGAUGAGGAAAAAUUACUAAUUGGAGAGGGUGGUUCACUGAACGAUACUGCAAAAUUACUUUCCAUCAGUCCUAAUCAACUUAGUACGGCACUCUCACAAAGAGUUAUUGCGGCUGGUGGUGAAAUAAUGCAAAAAACUCACACGUUUGUCGAAGCUGAAUAUGGUAGAGAUGCUUUGGCCAAGGCUAUAUAUGAGAGACUGUUCUCGUGGAUUGUGUCACGUGUUAAUGACUCUAUUAAUGUCGAUGAUAGCAGCAUUUUUAAGACUUACAAGAAUACAGUAAUCGGAGUGCUUGACAUUUAUGGUUUUGAAAUAUUUGACGCCAACAGUUUUGAACAAUUUUGUAUUAAUUAUUGCAAUGAAAAGCUACAGCAACUUUUCAUCGAAUUGGUCCUGAAGCAAGAACAGGAGGAAUACAGAAAGGAAGGAAUCACCUGGAAAAACAUAGAAUAUUUUAACAAUCAAAUAAUUUGUGAUCUUGUAGAGCAACCACACAAGGGUAUAAUAGCAAUUAUGGAUGAGGCUUGUCUCAAUGUUGGAAAAGUAACGGACGAGAUGCUUCUCGAAGCUAUGGAUCAGAAACUUUCGGAUCACAAACAUUACACGUCUCGCCAGUUGAAUCCAAUGGACAAAGUACUGCUGCACAAAGUUCAAUUUCGAAUAAAACAUUACGCAGGCGAUGUCGUGUACAAUGUUAGCGGUUUUCUUGAUAAAAAUAAAGACACUCUCUUCCAAGAUUUCAAGCGUUUACUCUUUAGGAGUAGCAAUUCAAUAAUUAGUAGUAUGUGGCCUGAAGGUGCUCAGGAUAUAAGUAAGACUACGAAGAGACCAUUGACCGCCGGCACUCUGUUCCGUAACUCAAUGGUAGCCCUUGUGAAGAAUCUUACUAGCAAAGAACCCUUUUACAUUCGUUGCAUUAAACCUAACGAUGUAAAGUCACCCGUUGUCUUCGACGAAGAGAGAGUAAAUCAUCAAGUACGUUACUUGGGACUUCUUGAAAACGUUCUAGUGAGACGAGCCGGUUUUGUUUACAGACAGCGUUACGAUAGAUUCUUAAAACGAUACAAAAUGAUUUCGCAAUACACUUGGCCAAAUUUCCGCGGCGGAAAUGAUAAGGAUGGUGUACGAACGUUAAUGGAAGAAAAAGGCUUUGCCGACGACGUUAAAUAUGGCCAUACAAAAAUAUUCAUUCGUUCUCCACGCACGCUCUUCGCCCUGGAAAAGGCACGGAGCGAUCUUAUUCCAGGUAUUGUAAUUCUAUUGCAAAAGCAAUGGCGCGGUUACUUAUGCCGUCAACGGUAUAAGAAAAUGAAAGCUGCCCUUGUGAUCAUGGACUAUUAUCGUCGAUAUAAAAAGCGUGUUUACAUAAAGGAACUAGAGAACACAUUUAGGAAUGCUCAAUCGUUACGCGAUUAUGGUAAGAGUCUUCCAUGGCCGCAAGAAAAUUUCGCGGUACGGAGUGUGGUUCCGACUUUGAAGAUGAUGUACGCCAGGUGGAGAGCCUGGAUGAUACUCAAAGUAAUCCCAAGAGAGGACUGGGGACAAUUAAAAUUAAAGAUAUCAGCAGCUUCUUUGCUGCGUUCUAAAAGACAGCACUGGGGACAGGAGAGAAGAUGGGAGGGUAACUAUCUCUCGAAACCAGAUGAGAAUGUUCAUAGCGACAUUUUUAAUUCUUCCAUCAAUAAUCUACGCAACACUGAUCAUUUCAAAUCCGUUUUAUUCAGUGCUUUCAUCAGAAAAACUAAUAGAUUCAACAAACCAGCGGAUCGUGUCUUGCUGGUAACCGAACAUGCUAUAUACAAGAUGGAGAAUUCGAAGUUUAAGACUAUGAAAAAAGUCGUGCAAAUUGUUGAAAUCACAGGACUGAGUGUGUCUCCUGGUAAUGAUCAGUUAGUAAUCAUUCACUCUAAUCGUGGCAAUGAUUUUAUCGCAUCCAUCGUCACUAAAGAAGAUAGAGUUGGUGAACUCGUCGGUAUCCUGAGUAACAGAUACUAUCAAUUACGCGGUGCAGAUUUACUCGUGACAGUAGAUACCAAAUUCAAGUGCAUGCUUGGAAAUAAGAGUAAGGUGCUACGAAUAGAAGUGAUACCUGAAGUGAUAGAACCGACAUUUAAAAAGGACUCUGGCAACAUAAUAUACGCCAUACCACCAUCAGCUGGAAUAAUUGACGUGGGGGCCAACACUCGAUUGCAAAUCAAAACAGCCAGCUAAUUCCGAAUUGCAACAUAUCCUAUAAUGGUCAAGAAAGAAAGAUCGUUAGCGUCAGAAUUCUCUCAUCGCAGUACGAUGUAUGUAAAAAAAGAAACAUAUAAGGACUUUGAAGUUUCCUGAAUCAUGGUACAAGAUAGUGAACUUGAUGGAAUUAACUUUAAUGCAUUUAAUGUCGAUGUUUCUUUGGCUAUUUUUGAAAAAAAAUUUAUCUGCUAUUCGACAUAUACGAAGAACAAAAGAAAAAUUCGUGAUGUAUCCGACAGCCCAAAGAAUUUACGAUUUCUUGUUUUUUUUUUUAAUGACGUACUUAAACUAAACAACGAUUAGCGUUGGACUCCUUCUGGACAUCGUUAAGUUAUUUAUAUCAUCACUAAUAUAGCUGACAUUGCUGCCUAAUUUACAUCUCGUAAUUAUACAAACACGUUCAUUUUCUUUUUCCUAAAACUAGUUUCACUACCGGUCGCGUAGAGUUAUAAAGAAUUAAAGAAUUUAAAUGCAUUAAUUAUUGUGCCAUUAUUUGAGUGAAAUAAAAUAAGAUCCCCAGGUACAUGUACGCUGCUGGUUUUGUACGUGUAGAAGAAUUUAUUGUUACUUACGACAGAAUUGAGAUGCGUUACAACUUCUAUAAGAGGUAUUUUACAGAUAUGCGUAUCUAGACUGUGGAGAAAUUGAAAAAGAAGUUAUUUAAACAUAUCAGAGAAUACGUUUAACUGUGUUGACGUCGAAGAAAGACACAGCAUAGCGUAACGCCAUAAAUCAUUGUGAUCCUUUUGUGCAUUUAUUUAGCAGUUUGUGAAGUACCUCUUAGUGGAUAAAAUAUAUUUUAUUUGACUCUAUCGUGGGAAUUUACCAAAGACAGUUAUUGGACUCUCUCAAAAGAUAUUAAGUAUAUAUGAAUUUUCAAGUUUUAAUAUCGAUCGAUCUUCCCAUCGCGAAGCGUCAUGUACAAGUGCCUAAAUAAAUAUAUCCAAAUAA